CGAUCGGUGGUUGCUGAACCACCCGCCGCGCUCGGUCCACGCGUAUACGCGCGAAGAGACGCGCUGGUGCCUGUGCGAGCCGUGCCGCUACCGUUACUGUUGCUUCCGACACCUCGGGCAUUCGAGAUUUCCCGACUGAAACGGAAACUCCCCGGCGAGGGAUCAUCGGUCCCGACUCCUUCGACGGCUCCUCCCGUCGACAAAGGCGGCCCCGAGAGCACCAGAUCGACCGAGAAAAAAGAACGGACGGACGGACGGGGAUGAAACACUGAGGGAGGAAGAGAGAGAAAGAGCGAGGGAGAGACAGAGACAGAGAGAAAGAGGGAGGGAGGGGGGGGGCAGAGGGGCGACAUUUAUCGAUUGUCGAGGUGAGACGAGAUACGGGACGUGCUGGAUUCGAGAGUGCGAGAUCUUCCGCCGUGACAGAAUCAAUUUGCGUGGACCACGCGUGCCGAAAUCGUCAUCCGGAUGACUCUGUAAACCGGUGAUCCGUGUCAUUCGUUACCUCGGUUGAUGGUGGUUCUCGGUGGACCGACCGAACGAGCUGCUGGGCUGACGGAUCAGAGACACCGACGACGCGGUGAAAGUGUGUGAUCGGUUGAUAUAACGCGGUUGUUGUACGUGCGAUCCGAUGGUACGUUUCCCGGCGAUACCUGCCACCGAUCGGCUCACCUGAUCGAUGAUAUAUCGAGCGGCUACACGAAGAAACCACGGAGUAAUGAUCAGAGGUACGCGGUCUGGGGUGCCGACCGCGAAUUCGAGACAGGCGUGUCACAACACCGGACAUGACUGCCGAUGUAGAUUUCGCUUAACCGGCGACCUAGUGUUGAGGAUCCUUCUCGGCCUUUGCUACAUCACCGGCACCUGUUGCGACUGGAAGGAAAGAAUGCCGCAAGGAACCAAGAAGAUACAAUUUGAUCGCAGUCGAACGCCCGAGCUCGGCUACUGCGAUUUCGAAAGCGCUUGUAAUUCCUGGUGGAAUGUAACAAUACCCUUCAAACGAGUUACCCCGGACCGUAGCGGAUUCGGGCCGAUGACGGAUGCUAGUAACUCGGUACACGGACACUAUCUGUGGUUUACUGGCAGUGGGAAUAUACAACUGUGGUCUUCUACGAUCCCUCGAACAAGCCCACGAUGUAUGUUGGAAUUAGCUUUAUAUCAGGUCGAAAUGAACGAUGGUGUUAUCAAUUUAGUCAUAAUUACAAAUAAUACAAGCUCAAUUACUGGCGAAAAGCAAGGGAAUAAUCGUGCAAGGUGGGAGAAAUUAUUAUUUAUUUUAGGCGCAAUUAGUCAGCCGCACCAACUCUUACUGGAAUUCUUUAUACCCCAUGAGAACUCAAGCGUCGGUGUUGAUAAUAUUCGUUUGAUCGAUUGUUUUCAACAAACGCCAUUGGUAAGAACGGUCUGCACGAAAGACAUGUUUCGGUGUAACAAUGGCACGUGUUUAAACAAUACGCAGAUAUGCGACCUAAUAGAAGACUGUCCCGAUGGCGAAGACGAAAAGCAGAACUGCGACAAAAUUCCAAAGAAUGCCAGAUGUAAUUUUGAAGACGGAUGGUGUGGUUGGAAGAACGUGUCUGGAAAACUUUUAAAUUGGACACUUCACAGGGGUGCGACACCGUCUGGCAAAACUGGACCUAGUCACGAUCAUACAUUCCGCAAUCAGUCUGGAACGUAUGCAUACGUAAACGUGUCUAAAGCCCUUGGAUUGGGAAGCUCUGGUACCAUUGAGAGCCCAUUAUACAAUCCGACACCGCUCUACAGCAGCGAUAAGAAAAGUCCAUAUUAUAGAUCGUGUCAAGUGCGUUUCUUCUACCAUCAAUUUGGCAGGCACAGCGGUUCGCUAGGACUGUAUUUAGUUCAAAAGAAACCUCAUCAAAAGCAUUCGGACGUACUUUGGUGGUCUUACGGCGAUAAAGGCGAUGUUUGGUACAGUCAGGCCAUCGCUUUGCCGGAUAUACGAUACAGAUACUCCCUGCAAUUUGAAGUAAGCAGAGGUAUAUCGUCAACGGGCGACGUUGCGAUUGACGAUUUCUCUUUGAGUCCCGAAUGUUUCGGCAUUGGGGUUCCUCCGGAUGUCGUAGGAGAUUUUAAUUAUUCCAACCCUGUCAUUCCAGACGUGGAAACAAUACCAGGCCAACACGCAGAUUUUAUGAACAAGACUGUUAUUCGAAUUACAACUUGCGGGGCCAUAGGAAGAACAGGUCCAACCGCUGAACAAUGUGCCGAGGAGUAUAAUGGAACGAACAUGGCCUUCGACCCAGCACUACUACGACUAGACGAAGAUAUGGUGCAUUUAAAUGGCGUUCAACGAUGGAUGGCGCCCAGCUAUGGCUAUUACACGUUAAUUGGACUGGGUGCGCGUGGAGGUAAAGGAUCUAGUGGGAUGGGCGAAGCGUUGGGUGCCCUUGUUCGUGGAGUGAUCGAACUAGAAAAGGGUGAUGAGUUAUAUUUCAUGGUAGGACAACCGGGAAUAGACGCGUGUCCUAAAAACUUUAGACUGAAAACAGACAGUUGUCAAACUGCUGAACAAACAAAUGGGACAGAUAUUUCGGGAUUUACUUCUACUAUACGGGACGUGAAGAAAUUUAAGAUAAGAGAUGGUGGUGGUGGUGGUGGUGGAGCAACGUAUAUCUUUAGAUUGAAAAAGAAUGGUGUGCAACAACCGAUACUCAUAGCUGGUGGUGGCGGCGGUAUAGGCCUCGGCCAAUUUGUUAAUACCGGUGUACAGCAUGGACGGGGACCAGUGCCAUCUGGAAAACAGCCAAUUCCUAGUCCGGUUCUUUCACACGAUAACGACGGCGUAGGUGGCCCCGGCGGCGGGUGGAAUUGGUCAUCAAGCGACGACGCGGUUCAACGAACUACCGAUGGAACAGCUUUAAUUCGGGGUGGCAUCGGAGGAAUUGGUUGCGGUCCUGAAAAUCACGACCACGGUAAUGGUGGAUUCGGUGGCGGAGGUGGUGGAUGUCGUACAGGAGGCGGCGGUGGUGGUUACAUAGGCGGCGACACGGGCCACACGGAGUCCUCGAACGGUGAAGGUGGUUACUCGUACGCUAGCAGUGAGCUGAUACUCGUUCAAUUCCGACCAGGAGUAAAUCGCGAGCCCGGCGAAGUGUACAUUAUUCAAGCUAUCAGUGGAUGCGGCUGUGAUUACCGUUGCAUCGCCCUUGACCAGUAUCUCAGCGAGACAAAAUGUUUGUGUCCACCGGGGUGGUUGCUUAGUAACGACAUGAAAUCCUGCGUCAUGGCAGACGACUCUAAGGGAUCGCAUCAAACGUUCAUGAUUCUGUGGAUCACUCUAAGCGUCUUCCUAGUGCUCGCUUGCUCCACCCUCUGCCUAGUAAUUUAUAAUCGUUACCAAAGUCGAAAGGCGCUCUCACAUCGGCGACAAGUUAUGUUCGGCAAUGGUACAGAGUUAAGGUCGUUGCAGGCCGUUACCGACACCAUGAUGACCGAGUUCAAUCCGAACUACGAAUUCGCUGGGAAUCUUUACAGUUUUAAAGAUUUACCGCAAAUACCCCGCGAUUACAUCCACUUGGUAAAGCCCCUGGGUCAAGGUGCCUUCGGCGAAGUAUUCCAAGGUAUUUACAAAUACAGUCGCGAAGAACACCCAGUCGCCGUGAAGACUAUACCUCCUUCGUCCACACCCCAAACCGAAGCCGACUUCAUGAUGGAGGCAUUGAUAAUGAGCAAAUUUAACCAUCCUAACGUCGUUCAUUUCAUCGGCGUUUCCUUCGACAAGAAUCCGAAAUACAUUGUCCUGGAACUGCUCGCUGGUGGUGACCUGAAGAAUUUCCUUCGGGAAGAAAGACCACGCGCGGAUCGGCCUACGUCGUUGGCGAUGAUGGAUCUCAUAAUGUGUGGCUACGAUGUUGCGAGUGGCUGCAAGUAUAUGGAAGAGGCCCGGUUUAUCCACCGGGAUAUUGCAGCCAGAAAUUGUCUACUUACUUGCAAGGAAGCCGGACGGGUUGUGAAAAUCGCGGACUUUGGCAUGGCGAAGGAUAUUUACAGGAGCGAUUAUUAUCGAAAAGGAGGCAAGACUAUGUUGCCUAUAAGGUGGAUGCCGCCGGAGAGUUUCUUGGAUGGAAUAUUUACAACGAAAACUGACGUUUGGGCAUUCGGCGUUUUAUUAUGGGAGAUCAUGUCUUUCGGAUACAUACCUUACACAGGAUGUAAUAACACAGAAGUCACAACGAUGGUAACAUUAGGUGGUCGUUUAGAAAAGCCAGCGGGUUGUCCCGAUCCUAUUUACGGCAUAAUGACGCGAUGUUGGCAUCCACGGCCAGAGGACAGGCCUAGUUUUGCAACUAUUGUUGAAAGAAUCGGUUAUUGUUUACAAGACCCUGACGUAACAAAUCAUCCAGUGCCUAAGUUUGACAUAUUACCAAUUUGUCAGCACGAAAUAACGAUCAUGAGACCGGACCCGGAAGCGGAGUGUAUCAACGUGCAAUCCGAACUGGAUGCGCGUGGCUACAUGCAACCUAAAAUCAUUGAUCCACGAUCAGCGAGUCAACGCAUGGCUCAAACUGCCGCUAGCGACGUAUCGUCGGAUCUUAGAAAUGCAAAUUCGAGUAUAAGAACGUAUCCGCAACCGACGGAUCGUCCGCACAGCAGAUUUCAAACCAAUCUAUACGACUCUAGUACAGAUACCUCUGAACAAACUUACGGCGGUAAUGCGAAUCGCGAUGGUUUCGAUGAUGAGAAUGACGAUACAGAGAGCAAAGAGAAGGCUGACAGCUCGAAGGAUCCAGAGGAGGAAAGUGAACAUCGAAUUUCAAAGGACAAAAGAAACGGUAACGAAAGCAUAACGACCACCGAUACCAAUUCCGACUCGUUGAUCGUUGCUUCCUCGGACACGCCGCCAGACACAACGAACUCGUCACCGAAUACACGUACCUGCUCUCCUAGCCACGCUGGCCUAAAUACAACCGCCACCGCUAAUGUAAACGGGAUGUUAAAGAAAACUUCCUUAAAAGCUGCUCUCAGCUUGGACCCAAGCGCAUUGUGCCGUGGCAAGAUACCGUAUGAGAAAAUAGCGUUCUCGCCGCAGAUCCAACGAUCGAGCACACCUGGAAGCAUGGAGAUUAAAAAGGAUCCUAUGGUUCGCCAGCUACCAAGAGAAGAGGAAUGCUCCUGCUGAGAUUUGUACAAAGGGGAGUGACAAGACUCCCCGGCCGGCGGUGUUGCGACGCGUGCGACCAUUACCAAAUCGCUGCGACGAUCCGCCACGAUAACGGCAGUAUCGAUAGCAACACGUGUUGCGGAAUCCUCGUCGCACAUGUGGAUACGAGACGAAGAGUAUUCGCGUCGAGUGCAUUCCCAAGAAACGCUUUUAUAAAUGGACACCGUGUCACAACCGCAAAAUCAAUUAACAACGAUUCGUUUGUACGUUCUCCUUUAUUUACUCAUGCAUACGUAUUACAUAUAUUUUAUAUAAUAUACACGUGUAUACAGGGUGUCCGAUUCCAACCCUCCCAAAAAGGGACACGCCGCGAAUCAUGCUCACACACGUUUCUUUGACCUCGCGACGGCAUUUCGAAAAGCCUCGCCGCGAUCGACUUUCUCGAACGGUUAACCGAGACUUUUUUGAUUUGGUAUUUUUGUAGCCGGUGAGACGGAAAGUUUUUCGAAACGCUAACUGUUCGUGUCCAUUGUAUCGGUUUAUUAUGUCCACGCGAGAGGGAAGACUUUAAUUGCGUUUAUUAAAUGGACGGAUGCGCGCCGUGCGCGCACGAACAAUAACCAUAGGUCGCUUUUUUGUCGCCGGCGGAUCUGUCGACGCCGGCGAUCUUCGGCGACGACGACGCGUCCACCCGACGACACAAGGAAUUGCAAUAACCGUCCGUUAUUAAAUUCAACUAAAUCUUUUUUCUCGUCGCGCGUAUCAGCACGCGGAACACAUUACACGCAUGCAUAAAUACGUAACGUACACACACACACACACACACACACACACACACACACACACACACACACACACA